CCGCAGCAAGAGUGCCGUUAUUCUACAAUAACCCGCUACGCGGAACACAGUGUACACGCGGAAAGUGAAAAACGGAAAUUUCGCAGUUUCGCGCUAAACCGGACACUCGGAUACUCGAGCAAGACAGUACUUCCGCUACUUGUAGACAUAUUGGAUUAUUUCGCGCCGCAAACUAAUCAUUAGGUGUUACGGAUGUACUUUUUGUUUGGUUCUUUGUUUUUUUUUUUUGUUUUGUUUUGCUCAGUAUUUCAUGCAUUUGAAUUGAUAUCGUCGACAAGGUGUCAACGACUGGUGAAGUGCCAUCGAAGCGAUUCCAUCAUUUCGCGCUUAACGGGCUGUGACUAGUUGAAAGUUUAAUUGCUGUGCUAAAGAGGUGAACACGCUGAAACGAGCGUGUCAAGAUACAAUUCGCAAGUUGGUUAGUAGCGCCACCGCAAUGAUCAUCAACACUUCAAGAGUGGUGGCCGGACGCGUGUUACGGGUGUUACGCGUCUGAUGGAUAUGUUGGAUAUGUGAGCGAAAUGUGUGUGUGUGUGUACGGAUUUGUGCGAGCAUCACAAGUGAACUCAACAAAAUGCCAGAGAAGUGUUAUUUGAUUGAUCGCGUUGGAUUUUCUUGUCUAUAAAGAUUGAUUGCGCUGGUGUUGAGAUCUGUAGCGGAGCAUACAUACAUACAUACAUCGGAAUAUCAGCUAAAUUUGUGCUAUUGAUCUUUGCGCAAAUAAAAUAUAAAGGUAUAAUCAAAUACCGUUGCAAGUUCACCACCUUACGUGCGUGCAUUGAUCAAUUUCAUCGACUCAAACAAAACAGUCAAAUCGUUCGUGUUGUGAUCGCCCAAUAUUUCAACACUGUCCGACAAUUCGCUGGCAACAAAAAUCACUAAAUAUCUGUUUUGUGCAUACAUACAUACAUACAACUACAUUGUACGAAAAGUGUUUGGAAAGAGUGAGAUUAGCAAUUUUUAUUUUCGACAUUUUUAUUGUGUUUUCUGUGUGAAAUGAAUUACACUUGAAUACGUCUUUAUGCCACAUACAUACAUACAUAUGAAGGUAUGCACAUACAUAUAUAUACUCUCACUCGUGCCUUGCAAAGAGUAAUCGAAAUUUCGUAAUAAUUGGACAAGCGUGCGAAAAACCAAGUGUGAAAGAGAUUCUCAAAGAAUUUACAACAAAUGAAAUCAAUUGAAAUUUUGUUAGAAAACAAUUAAAUUGCAAACAAUUGAUUGUUUGGCAAGUGUAAAGUGACAAGUGUUUCCCUGUUUGAUAUUAGUGUACUCAGCUUUGCUAUGCAUCAAGCCAUCUAUCGACGACCCGUUGCGAAUUUCAUGGGGCCUAACGAGUGUGCCAGCGCUAUGGUGUCAACAAUGUCUUUUAUGGAUAACGGUGGUUUGAGUACAAACAUUGCGGAUUAUGGUUGUUAUACAACCGAUUAUUGGGCAACCUCGUACACCGGAGGGCUGAGCCCAAUGAAACAGAUAGAAGCCUGCAUACAAACUGCUGGCAAAGAUCGCACAUCCUACAAGCCACUCGAACAUAUUGACGCCAAGAUGACGGACAUUGAGACGCAGAGUAAUAAUAGCAGCGGUGGCAACAGUAUUAGUAGCAACACGGGCAGUAGUUGUUCGGAAAGCAACAACAACAGCACUGGAAAUUACAGCACUAGCAAUGAAGGCGGUGGCAACGGCAGCAACAACAACAACAACAACAACAGCAGUAUAACAACACAAAGUACAACAACAACAACAACAACAAAGGAUGCUACAACAAAUAGUAAUAGCAACAACAAUAAUAAUAAUAAUAACAAAAGUGAAGAACCCAUGCAUCCAACACUGGCUCAGGCCGUUGUUGUGCUGGAAACGAAAGCUUUAUGGGAUAAAUUUCACGAACAAGGCACUGAAAUGAUUGUCACAAAGACCGGCCGGCGUAUGUUUCCAACAUUUCAGGUGCGAAUCGGUGGUCUGGAUCCGCAGGCGACCUAUAUAAUGAUGAUGGAUUUCGUGCCGGUCGAUGAUAAGCGCUAUCGCUAUGCAUUCCACAACUCAAGUUGGGUAGUCGCUGGCAAAGCGGAUCCCAUCUCCCCGCCGCGCAUACACGUACACCCCGAUUCGCCAGCACCAGGUGCUAAUUGGAUGAAACAAAUCAUUUUAUUUGACAAACUUAAACUGACCAACAACCAACUGGAUGAAAAUGGGCAUAUAAUUUUAAAUUCGAUGCACAGAUAUCAGCCACGAUUUCACAUCGUUUACCUGCCACCAAAGAAUAAUUCAUUAGAUGAAAAUGAGCAUUCAAGUCAUUUCCGCACAUUCAUAUUUCCGGAGACAUCAUUUACCGCCGUCACUGCCUAUCAAAAUCAGCGGGUGACUCAACUAAAAAUUGUUAGUAAUCCCUUUGCUAAAGGCUUCCGUGAUGAUGGCACCAAUGAUGUCACUGCUGGCUCUAUGGGCAUGUCUCAGAUGAGUCAGGAGAGUCAGGCUAGAAUGAAGCAGCACAACGCGCAGCAGCAUCAUCAUCAUCACCAUCAUCAGCAACAGCAACAUCUACACGCACAGCAACAACAAUUGAAAGCGAAUAGUAAAGAUGUGAAUUUAGCAGUGGCUGAAUUGGAAAACCAACAGAACGCAUUGAUCUCUGCACAUGUGAUUCAAACAGUAAGCGAUUCCCCAACAAACGUGCCCAUGACUGCCAAUACAUCACCCGAGCUGUUAUCCUACCAGCAAUGUCUCUCCAGUGGCGGCGGCACUGGCAGCGGCAGCGGCAGCAGUAUAAAUGGUCAUGGCAUGGGUAAUAGUUUAAUGCCAACAACUAAUGGCGGUGGGCAUCUUCCGCAUCAUCAUCAUCAUCCGCAUCAUCAGCACGGCCAACAUAGUCUGUCACCGAAACUUGAGCAUGUCACAACAGUUGCAGGCAAUGCCUCAAGCAUCACUGCUGCCACUGUAGUCAGUGGAGUUUCCAAUCCUUACACACAGACCGCAAUUACCGCACACAACAAUAGCAGUGGUGCUACAAAUACCGGCGGGCUUAUGCCACACACACAUGCACAUGCCGCCCACACACAUCACACACACUUGAAUAUGAAUCUCAGCGCCGCCGCUGCCGCUCAAAGUCAAAUGAUGUCGACAGCAGUGUCGCAGUCGCCACAUGUGCCACACACGCAGGUGAUGGCCGCGAAUAUUUACUCCACCAUCGGUCAGCCAUAUGCGGGUGAGAAUAGCAACUUUGGUGCAAUCUAUCAUCAUCAACACUACCACAGCGGCUAUGGGAGUCCGUAUGACAAGCUGAAGGUGACGAGUCAUAUGCGCCAAUCGCCGGCGUCAGCGGCGGGCAGUCCAACAGCGAUGGCUUCAGCGGCGGCUGCAAAUGCUUACGGCAUCAGUAGCUACCAAUCCUUUUAUGGAUCACCGCAUCAGAUGAUGCGUCCCAAUGGUUAUAUGGACUUGGUGCCGAGGUAAAUAUUUCAUGGGCAGUGCGUGCAGUGAUUUUAAAACCAGUGAAAAGUGAAAAUUGGCAACAAUUAUUUUUAUUAUUAUUAAUUAUUUU